CUUCUGGGGCAGUGCGGGCGAGCCCUGGCAGUGUGCUCUUCUCGUGCCAGCGUCGCCCCGCCUCUAGGAUAGGACCCGCCCCCGCCCUCCUGCCUGGGACCUGGCAAGCAUUUCUGCCGGGCUGCCCCGCCGCCCUGCAUCCGGUCUCAAACAGCUGUUUGGAGCGGAUGUGUGGCGGAGGGGGACAGCUAUCUCCCCGUCGCAUACCACCCCCGCUAGCAUCUUCGUGACGCUCUCCCAGGCUGUCCCAACCCUGGCCUGGAGCAACCCGUCCUGAACCCUCAUGGAGAAGUUUGUAAUGAAUUUCGGGGGCGGCCCAAGCAAGAAGGACCUGCUGGAGAUCAUUGAGACUCAGAAGAAGCAGCUCCUCCAGUACCAGACACGUCUCAAGGAUGUAGUCCGUGCCUAUAAAAGUCUGCUGAAGGAGAAAGAGGCGCUGGAGGCCAGCAUUAAGGUACUGUCCGUAUCCCACGAGGCGGAUGUGGGCCUCGCAGGUGUGCAGCCUCAAGGCCUCACCUUUCCUGACUCUGUGGAUGACCGAUGCUCCACUCACAGCGAGGAUAGCACAGGGACCGCCGCCAGCCUGGAUACUGCGGCCAGUCUCACCAGCACCAAGGGUGAGUUCGGGAUAGAAGAUGACAGACUGGCCCGUGGACCACCACCUCCAAAGUUGGAAGAGGCCAGCGGGUCAGAGAGUGGCGUUAGCUGUAGUAGUGGGGACGGACCAUCUGGGGGUGGGGAGGUGGACAAACGACUGCACCAGCUGAAGACUCAGUUGGCUACUUUGACCAGCUCUUUGGCUACGGUCACCCAGGAGAAGUCCCGCAUGGAAGCUUCUUACCUGGUGGACAAAAAGAAGAUGAAGCAGGACUUAGAGGAUGCCAGUAAGAAAGCAGAGGAGGAGAGGGGCCGGCUGGAGGGAGAGCUGAAGGGGCUGCAGGAACAGAUAGCAGAAACCAAAGCCCGGCUUAUCACGCAGCAACACGAUCGGGCCCAAGAGCAGAGUGACCAUGCCUUGAUGCUGCGUGAGCUCCAGAAGCUGCUACAGGAGGAGAGGGCCCAGCGCCAGGACUUGGAGAUUCGGUUGGAAGAGACCCGGGAAGCUCUGGCCGGGCGGGCCUAUGCAGCCGGUCAGAUGGAAGGGUUUGAACUACAGACCAAGCAGCUAACCCGUGAGGUGGAAGAGCUGAAAGGUGAGCUUCAGGCUCUUCGAGAUGAGAAGAAUCAGCCUGACCCCCGGCUGAAGGAGCUUCAAGAAGAGGCUGCCUGCCUUAAGAGCCAUUUCCAGGCUCAGUUGCAGCAGGAAAUGAGGAAGACAGCCGUCGCUGAGGAUCAGCUGCGCCAGCAGUCGCAGUUGGAAGAGCAGAGGGUGGCGGCCCUGGAGAAUCAAAUAUCCCAGGUGUCGGAAUUGCUGGGCACCUACGAGAAGGCCAAGCAGAAGGACCAGCUGGCCAUCCAGAAGCUGAAGGAGCGCAUUCUGCAGCUGGACCUGGAGAACAAAACCCUGGCGCUAGCGGCCUCCAGCCGGUCCCCUCUGGACAGCCAUGGAGAGGAGUCCAGUCUGGAUGUCAAUGUCCUGAAGGACAAGAUGGAGAAGCUGAAGAGGCUGCUGCAGGUGGCGGCCAGGAAGAGCCAGGUGACCCUGGACGUGGAGAAGCUCUGCGACCUGGAGAUAACACCCAGCUCCGAGGCUGCUGAUGGGGAGAAGGCCACGGCGCUCUACUACCAGCAGGAGCUGAAACAGCUGAAGGAGGAAUUUGAGAGGUACAAGAUGCGGGCCCAGGUGGUCCUCAAGAGCAAGAACGUCAAAGACGGGAACCUGGGCAAGGAGCUGGAGGAAGCCCGGGAGCAGCUGGCCGAGCUGAAGGAGAAGUACAUCUCGCUGCGGCUGUCCUGCGAGGAGCUGGAGCGCCAGCAUCAGCAGGAGGCCGAGGGCUGGAAGCAGGAGCUGGCCCGGCUGCAGCAUGGCCACCGGCAGGAGCUGGAGCGGAGCCAGCUGGACUUCCGGGACCGCACACUGAAGCUGGAGGAGGAGCUACACAAGCAGCGGGACCGGGCGCUAGCUGUGCUGGCCGAGAAGGACCUGGAGCUGGAGCAGCUGCGGUCCGUGGCCUUGUCUUCCGGGCUGCCGGGGCGCAGAAGCCCCGUGGGCGGCGCAGGCCCCAGGGACCAGGCCGACACCUCCCCCCCGGACAGCCUGACCCAAGCCCUGCAACUCGCCGCGGUCAGCGAGCCCACUUUCUUCCUGUAUGCCGAGCAGCUGGCCCGCAAGGAGGUGGAGAUCACGUCGCUGAGGAAGCAGAAGCACCGGCUGGAGGUGGAAGUGCAUCGGCUGCGGGACCGGUUGCUGGAGGAGGGGGAGCGGCAUCGGGAGGAGGUGGGAGCCCUGCAGAGCCACAUCGCGAAACACAGCCGGGACCAGAGCCGGGAGGGGGCCAACCUGGAGUACCUCAAGAACAUCAUCUACCGCUUCCUGACCUUGCCGGACACCCUGGGCCGCCAGCAGACGCUCACUGCCAUCCUGACCAUCUUGCACUUCAGUCCAGAGGAGAAGCAAGCGAUCAUGCGGCUCCCAGUUGGUGGUGGUUGGUGGCCCUCUGGCAAGAGAUGAUGCCAUUUUCACUCCUCCGAUUUCUGUGCCUCUUCUGUGAGAAAGGGACAGGCUCUGGUUUCUCCCACCUCUUCUCUUAUGUCACCGUCUUGUUUCUUCACUGUGUUGACCUGGGAGGAAUCCUCAGUGUGGGAUGGGAUCUUCUGUCAAAUGCCUUUAAUGCCAUUUUAUCCUUGGGCCCCAGAGAUACUGAAAGUGUUGGGACAGCAUCUUCUGAUGGCCUGUGCAUGAAGGGAGGAGUGGGGAGAGGUUAGGAUUGAGAGGUGCAAAAGUUGGGAAAGUGAGUGUCUUUUAAAAUAAGGUUUUUUUUUUUUUGGUUUUAAUAUCCUACUCCUAGUGCAGAGCUAGGAGUACCCAUGACUCCAAAGAGAGUUCAGUUAAUUUCUAAACACACACAAGGACCCACUAUUUACUCCAUUUCAUCACAAUCUUGAGUCUGGCCAACUGCUGCCCCAAUUCUCUGGGGACAUAAAUGCAGGCGGGAGAGGGACCAGGAAGUUUGAAAUAGUGACAGAUUGUCCUCUAGUCCAAAGGGCCCAGGGAUAGUGAACUUGGGGAGUUCAUCGUGGAACUGGGAAACUUGAAAUACUUAGGGCAGGGCACGACCUAAUUCCUGUGGUUUGUCUGGACAAACCACACCACUGUGACCAUCCUGGAGAAAGCUGCACACCAGUUGGUUCUUAGGGAUUUCUUAGUGACCUGCUUUUGGCCUGGAUAGGCUUCUAGACCUCUCACACUUGUCCCUCACUGCCUUAACCUGCUGUACAGAGUUGGCUUGAGAUGUGAGUGAGUGAGUUUGCUGUCUAUCCCUCAAUAUUGAACUCCCAUUAAGAAAAAAAAUCUACCUUCUUAGAGAGGUGUCUGAUCAGGAAGCUCUGAUCCUGCCUGGAUACAAAGAAUUAGCUCUGGGGUUUGCAUCCCCCACCCCCCCAACUAGUUGUGUUACAGAGGAUUCCAGAAGGAUGCUGUGACCCUCACAAGAAAGUGGUAGAAAUUCAGCCGAAUAGGGCUGGGGUACUUGCUACACUACGGAUAGCCUCCUGGCUAAACCUCUGCGUCCCUACAGCCAGAAUGUUUGUGCAUUACUGUCAUCAGGGUCCUUUGCCCUCACUUAGGGAGGUCAUAGUGUUUCAGUCCAUAAAACUCAUCUUCCUCAACCGUGUUACUACUAAUGGAGGGACUCAGAAAAGUUGGAUUCAAACAGUAUCAUUUCCUUAUUCUUUGCUUUCCCCCAUCUGCUCUUGCUGGUUGUAGAGAUCUUUGGAUCCUAAAGACGGGUGCUCUGCCACAGACUAAUAUGUAUCUUUCUGUUCUUCAUCAUAGUGAUCUGUGUUGUGAGGGUUUGGGGGUGAUUAAAUAAUCUGAUUGGGAGGCUAGGUGAUCCGGACUAUCUACAGUGAACAGACUUAAUGGAACAGAAGUGAUGUGUUCAAGUGAUGAUAACGAUAACCACAGAAUCAUUAAACUUGAUCAAUUUGA